AUGAUAGUCAAACCGAGAUUCUUGAAUAUUUCCGAGCUGGAGCAACGGGCUGGCUUCAGAAAAAUCUCAGCAUACUGUGACUCUCAUCUCUCGGAAGCCUUAGAACCAAGCAGCAGAUCACAAUGGAAUGUGAAUGCGGCUUUCGAUCCAGUGAAUAGAAACAGAAACCGCUACUCAAACGUUCUACCCUGGGAUAAGACAAGAGUAAGUUUGUCUCCAACACUCGGCGGCUCGGACUAUAUCAAUGCGUCCUAUGUCCAGCUAGCUGGUAGCAAGUACAUUGCCGCACAGGGCCCACUAAGGAACACAGUCCACCAUUUUUGGGCCAUGUGUUUCGCACAGGCGCAAGAAUCCGGAUCACUGUCAAUAUUCAUUGCCAUGGUAACCCCGUUGGUUGAGCUGAAUCGUGAGAAGUGUUUCCAGUACUGGCCCACGAGAGAGGAAGGUGCGUGGGAUAUGGGCAAAAUGUUAGACUCAGACCGUCUAGCGCCGAACGACUUAAGGCUAUCAUGGGUCAGCGAAAAGGUCACUGACUUGUUUGUCCUUACCAGGUUUCGUCUACAAUCGGGUGACGUCUCCAAGACUGUAUACCAUUAUUACUAUCUGGGCUGGAGAGACACCCUGACACCAAACUCAAUGCAGCCCCUUCUUCUGCUUUCUGCAGAGAUCUCUGCAUUGAAGCAAACAGAUCCAAAUCUUGUUCCUGUGGUGCACUGUUCUGCUGGGGUGGGUAGAACGGGCACAUUCAUAGCGAUAGAUCAUUUUAUUAGAGCAGAUCUUGCGAAGGACCCAGAGACUGAUAUUGUUUUUGAAACUGUGAAAACUCUUCGUGAUCAUCGAAUGAUGAUGGUCCAAACUGUGCAACAGUAUCUUUUCCUAUAUCAGGCUGCUAAGCGAAUUCACAGCAUCAAACAAACAUAG